AUGAGCCACAGCCUUGCUAGCCCUAAUCUUCCGGCUCAUGUGGCAGUUUUAAACUUUCCAUUCGCCUCCCAUCCCAGCUCUCUUCUCGGAUUCAUACGCACCGUUUCGGCCGUGUCCCCGGGAAUAAAGUUCACCUUCUUCAGCACAUCUAAAAAAAACAGCUCCCUCUUCUCCGGUUCCGACGUAAAGGGCUUGGAUAACAUAAAGCCUUACAAUGUAUGGGACGGCUUGCCGGAGGGCUACGUGCCCCGCCCGGGACCUCCACUGAAGCAAAUAGAGAUGUUCCUUGAGAAGGCACCCCAAAGCUUCGACAGGGCACUCAAAGAAGUGGAGGCUGAAACUGGACACAAGUUCGGCUGCUUAAUUUCCGAUGCAUUCCUCUGGUUUUCCGGCGACAUCGCCGAGAAAAUGAACGUGCCGUGGGUGACUACAUGGAGUGGACCGCGUCCGCUGCUUGUUCAUCUGGAGACUGAUAUGAUCAGAGAAAAAGUUGGAGCUCCUGGGCAAGAAGACAUGACCCUGGACUUCCUUCCAGGAUUCUCAAAUGAAUUCCGUGCCUCUGAUUUACAAAAGGAAGUUGUAUUUGGAAACAUGGAGUCGCCAUUUACGAAUAUGUUGCAUAUAAUGGGUCAGAAGCUGCCACAAGCAACUGCAGUUGCUGUCAACUCUUUUGAAACAAUGGACUUGAAAGUUGCUGCGGAGCUGAAGAAAAGACUGAAGAAGUUGCUCUUUGUUGGACCGCUACAUCAAGUCCGGCCGGUGCCGUCAGCAAAAUCAGAUGAUCAUGAGGAGGAGAAGGAUGCAUGCUUGCCGUGGCUGGACAACCACAAGCCUGCAUCGGUAGCAUACAUCAGCUUUGGAAGUGUGGGAGCACUUCCCCACACCGAGGUAGUAGCUUUAGCCGAGGCAUUAGAGGAAGGGGGAUUCCCAUUUCUUUGGUCAUUUAGAGGGAACCUAGAGGACUUUCCCAAAGGUUUUACACUACGCCAGAUUUACACUCAGCGAUGGAAAUGGUGUUCUUCGUUGCCUAAAUAUAUUCGGGCGACGGAUAACUGGACUCGUCGCAAGAACGAAACAUGUGGUAGCCUCAAUACUUUCGGGCGACGACUUUUAUGA